UGGGUGUUGUAGUUCGAGGAUCGGACUGCUGGUGGCAGCAGUGCAACUUCCAGCCUGAAAGAAAACAAGAAGAAGAAAUCCAAACUACUCUUAUGCUCCACAUGAUAGAGCGAUUGCGGACAUUAACAUUUGAUAAAAAUCAAUGCGAAACCGAUAAAUUUGAACCUUAACCAUGGAUGAAGAGGAUACGGACGGAUACAAGGAGCCCUGCAAUCAGUGUGCAGCCGUGGACUGGGGCAUCUCAGACGAGGGUCGCUUCUACUGCAGGUCCUGCCACAAUGUCAUCGAGAGAACCAGAGAGGUGGUGGACAUGUCGUUCACUUCCAACUCCAACAGAAUUUCCCGGAUCGGCAAUAAAUCCAGAAUCAGGAAGUCAGAGCGCGGUUACAUCUGGAUGCUGUGCGAAGGUUUCCAGUUCAUCCUGCAGAACCAGGCCGACGCUCUCCUCAGACUGGGAGUCACUCCUCAGUUUAAGGACGACGUUCUGUGUCAGAUGUGGAGACUUUAUCUGCAGAAGAGCCAGCAGGGAUACACCAGAAACCCAAUCAGGAAUUUAAGGUUCAGAGGGGCAGCGUUGGACUCGGACACAGACAUGGACAGCGCCGCGGAAUCGGUUCUGUCUGAUAAUUUCACCGACUCCGGGUCAGUUCUGUGCAGCUCCGCUGGCUCUAAUGCAGAGAGCUCCAGUGAUUGGCUGGGAUCAGACUACAGCAGCACAGGCACCUCAGCGUCGUGGAAACGGAGCCGCAGCCUGAUGACCAUGAAGAAGACUCUGGCUCUGAUCCACCUGGCUCUGGUCUGGAGCCGCGAAGCUCUGACGCUUAGCGACCUGCUCAGGCUGGUAAAAGAAGGUCACGUCCCGUAUGUGACUGCAUACGAGGAUCUUCCAGAAGAGAUGAAGCUGUGUGGUCCGGAUGCUCUUCUUUUCCAUGUUGAGAGUAUCCCGUCUCACCGCUUGGUCCAUAAAGAAGCGCAGGUUCUGGUUCAGUUCCUGCAGCUCCCUGCUUUUCCUCCGAUCGUCCCAGAAGCAUUGCUCCACCCGGCGCCGCUCAGCCUGCGCUACCUGACUGACGCUAACCUGCCCGACGAGCUGCACAGGUGGGUCUGCGUCCUGAUGGACCGCGCAGGUAUGGCGGAUCAGAAGCGCCACACGUUGGACGGAGGGUUGCGUCCCGUCCUGCCGCGGUACGACCUGCAGGCCGCCGCGCUCAUCAUCGUCACCAUAAAGGUGAUGUUUGGCCUGGACGAUCACACUGAGUGGGAUUUAUUGAACAAGGCUGAUUCCCAUGACAACAAAGCAGACAUGUUCAGCUUCAGGAAGUGGUACAAACUGGUUCAGGCUGCUUUGGUGGAGGCCCAGCAGAGGAGGGACCAGGACACUGCCAGGAAACAGUGGAAAGGAAAGAAACUGUUCUUCGUGGAUAAGCGGGACAGACUUAUAGUGACAAAAAGGAGAAGAAUCUCAGAGAACGUCCAGAUGUGUUUAAAGAGGCUGUCUUCUUGUCCGGUGGCCGUCCAUUACGGCGGUGCCUCCAGCUUCCAGUUCUGCUGGGGCGAUGAGAACGGAUCAGACGGGCCCAGUCUGCACCACACCAAGUUGGAUGGAGUCAUCUCCCUGAGUAACGGAUUCAUGACUCCCUUGAACCUCAACUACUGGCAUCCGCCGCUGCGACCCUGCAACCCCCGGACGUGCGCCAGUCAUUACCCCAGCAUGGAGCCCACGCUGCCGCGCUCCUUCGUCUGGCUGCUGCAGCUCUUCUCCUUCAUGCUGGACGUGGAGGCCUGGUAUCUGUUCGACGAGGUGCUGGAAAUGGAGAGGCGUGUCUUUGGCAUCAAAACGCCGCAGAUGGGACAACAACUCGAGACCAGGAAGUGGCUCAGGACUGAGAAAACAAACGCAACUCAAACUGGAGAUCCAGCAAAGAAACCCAGAACCCCAAGAAAAGGAAGAAAUAGAAUAAACAUUUGAUUUUGCUACUGAAAUAUUCUACCAGAACUAAUGAAGAAAAGUAGGAAAAUGUUGAGAAGUUUCAUUGUUUAUUUUCUUAUCAAUAUUUAUAUUGUACGGAAAAUACUUGAGUUACUUAACAUUUAACAGAGCCCUGCUGACUGUAAUAGUAAUUUUACUUAUUUGCUUCGUCUGCUUUGUCUGGAAACAAAGAAACAGCGGAGAGCUGCAGUGGAAGAAGAAUGGCCAGCAGGUGGAGACAAACUGCAGCAAAAACGAGGAUUUCUCAUUCUGGAAGUCAGUUUUUCCGUUUCUCCUCUGCUGCCAGAUUCAAAUCAAACAGUUCCUUUGAUAAUUUACUUCCUCUGGACAUAAAUAUGCGGCUACGGUCUGUUUCUGCUGGUAAAUACAGAAAAGUUUUCAAGCGGCAGACUCGCUCAGUUGGGCUGUGUCAGCGGCGUGUUCUGCUGUUGCCAUGGAGAUAUGAAAACAAGCAGCCCAUUGGCCAAUCGAUUGGCGCUGCGUUCACUUACUGUAGGCUGAAACUUAGUCACUUUCAUUAUGUGUUAAAAUAAACCAGAUUUAAGUUUAAAUCAG